AUGCUUGCCAAAAUAAGGGUCAUCCGAAUAGGUGGGAAUCGCAGUCCUUGGGCCAACGCCGUCCUUCGCCUCCUGGCAGUGUUUGCCCUGGUGGCGGCCCUGGCCCUGGCGGGCACGGCCGUCGCCGAGUACCGGGUGCUGCACGCGGUAACCAUGCUGCCCGAGGCGGGGUACGAAAAAGUCCUGUCCCUGGAGUGCCCCGAACUUGCAAUCGGGGAAGAGGACACCGCCGGUGCGUCAACGUCGACAAAAAACGCCGGGAGCUUCGCCAAUCUGAGGCUGGCCGGAUUCUCGUGCGCCAUUCCCCUCACUCCCGACUAG